AUGCGCAGCUGCACUGGCCUGGUGCUGUUUUGUUGAAGCUUGAGAAAACUGAGUGGAACUUCAAGGCUUCAAGUGAAGAGAGAUUUCAGCCUAAAUAGGCACAUGAGUUUGCAGGCGUGUCCUCCUCCUGUCAUGAGAUCUUGCUUGACCUCUGACCUCUCCUCCUGCAGUUGAUGACUCUGCAGCCGGUGUGGCGAUGACGGACAGUGUCAGAGCGUUUCUCCGCAAUGUUGCGACGGGUAUCAAGGACUCGAUCCUGGGCAUUGGAACCAUCUCCAAACUCGAUGCUCGUAUUCAGCAGAAGCGAGAGGAGCAGAGGAGGCGCAGAUCAUGCGGAGCACUGGCCAUGAGACGAGCUCAAAGCGAAGAACGAAAACAAGACAGUGAACCCAAACUAGUAAGUCGAAUUUUCCAGUGCUGUGCCUGGAAUGGAGGUGUAUUUUGGCUAAGCCUGUUCCUGUUUUAUCGAGUGUUUAUCCCACUACUGCAGUCUCUCACUGCUAGAAUUAUAGGUGACCCUUCGCUGCAUGGGAAUGUGUGGUCAUGGCUGGAGUUCAUUCUAACGUCUGUAUUCAGUGCUCUCUGGGUUUUGCCGCUAUUUGUGCUUAGCAAGAUAGUCAACGCCAUUUGGUUUCAGGACAUUGCUGAUCUGGCGUUUGAAGUGUCUGGACGUAAAGCUCAGCCUUUUCCCAGCGUCAGUAAGAUCAUCGCGGACAUGCUCUUCAAUCUUCUGCUCCAGGCCCUCUUUCUCAUCCAGGGAUGGAUUGUGAGUCUCUUUCCCAUCGAUGCUAUUGGUCAGCUGGUCAGUCUCCUGCACAUGUCUCUGCUCUACUCGCUUUACUGCUUCGAAUAUCGCUGGUUUAAUCAUGGAAUUGAAAUGCACCAAAGGCUGUCAAACAUUGAGAGGAACUGGCCGUAUUAUUUUGGCUUCGGUUUGCCCAUGGCUCUGCUGACUGCUCUGCCCUCUUCAUACAUCAUAAGUGGUUGUUUGUUCUCCAUUCUCUUCCCACUCUUCAUCAUCAGCGCUAAUGAAGCAAAGACCCCAGUCAAGCUCUACCACUUCCAGCUCCGGCUCUUUUCCCUGGUCGUCCUCAUCAGUAACAAACUGUUCCACAAGACAGUGAACCUGCAGAGCUCCCUCAGCACCUCCGCGUCCACAGAGAAGCUGCCGUCUCCUCACGUGUCCCCAACUCGCCAGCGACCUUUACCCCCUCAGUGACCUCUCCAGGAUUCACCUCUCACUCUGAAAGCCGGGAAAUGAUCCAUUACGCACUCUCUGCAUUUGAAAGCGUGUGUCUGUGCUCUUCUGGACGGGUUAGUAAUGUGAAUCAAGGUUAUGAUUCUCGGUGUGAUUUUAAUUUGUUUUUCUCGGACUGAUUUUGUACCCAUUACGUGCCAUUUGGGUGAUUUGUAGAGACAGCACAAAGACCUCAGCGUGCACAUUUUCUGUGAAUUGGCCCACCGUCCUCUUUUUAGGCCCUGUAGUCUACAUUAGUCGACUCUUUUUAUCUAUUUAUGGCCUUCUUUUUAAUUUUAAUGUACUUUUUUGAGGCUCAGACAUGCGAGAGAGUGUAUUUAUCGAUUAACACUAAACUCAAUGAAGAAAAAAGUACCUGAUGGUUUACUUUCCUGCACUGACAACUGAUCUAGAGUCAGAAACGAUCAAUUUUAAAGGCCUCUUUGAGCAGUAGAUGUUUCUUGAUAUGAAAGAUAUGAGUUAUCGGUAACACUUUACAAUAUGGGACACUUGGCUAAUGUUAGUUAAUGUAUAUACUAACAUGACUGAAUAAAGUUUGAACAGCAUUUAUUAGUUAUAGUUCAUGGUUUACUAACGGGAUUAGUUGGUAAAAGGGAUAGUUCACUCAAUUUCAUUUACUCAAUAUUUGUUCAUUCUCAAGUGGUUUAAAAACGUUUAUGAGGUUUUUUCUUCCAUUGAACACAAAAUACGAUAUUUAGAAGAAUGUUAGAAACCUGUAACCUUUCAUAAUUCACUCAAAAAAUGAAAACUUACUUAAUAUUUACUCAUCCUCAAGUGAUUUAAAAACCUUCAUGAGUUAGUUUUUUUCUGUUGAACACCAAAUAAGAUACUUUGAAGAAUGAUAGAAACCUGUAACCAUUGAUGGUUCACUAAAAAAAAUAAAAAACUUACUCAAUAUUUACUCAUUCUCGAGUGGUUUAAAUACCCUCAUGAGGUAGUCUUUUUUCUGUUGAACAAAAAAUGAGAUAUUUUGAAGCAUGUAAGAAAACUAUAACCAUUGAUAGAGCACUAAAAGAUUUUAAAUUUACUCAAUAUUUACUCAUCCUCGGGUGGUUUCAAACCUUUGUGUUUCUCACUAAAUAAGAUAGUUAGAAGAAUAAUAGUGCAUUCAAAAAAUGAAAAUUUACUCAAUAUUUACUCAUCCUCGGGUGGUUUCAAAUCUUUAUAACGUUCUAUCUUCCGUUGAACACAAAAUAAGGUAUUUUUAAGCAUGAUAGAAGCCUGUAACCAUUGAUAAUUCACUCAAAAAAUGUAAAUUUACUCAAUAUUUACUCAUCCUCAAGUGGUUUCAAACAUUUAUCUGUUUCUUUUUUCUGUUGGACACAAAGUAAGAUAUUUUGAAGAAUGUUAGAAACCUGUAACCAUUGACUUCCAUUGGAAAAACAAAUGCUAUGGAAGUCAGUUGCUUACAGGUUUCCAACUUUCUUCAAAUUAUAUUCUUUUGUGUUCAACAGGAGAGAAAAUCAUCAAAGCAAAUGAUGACUGGAUUUUUUUUUUGGUGAACGAUCCCUUUAACGUGAGCUAAAAAUAAACAACUGUAUGUUAACAAAGAUGGAUAAAUACUGUAAUAAAUGUAUUGUUCACAUUAUUAAUUACAUUAACUAGUGUCCCAUAUUGUAAAGUGUUACCGAAUUAUCAGCGUGCAUCUUCCUCGAAGAAUGAUUCAGCCAAAAGCUAACCUCCAAAUUCAUCAUUUAUCUAUCGAACUCAAAAAGAGAGACUUUGAAGAAUGUUCACACCUCUCAAAUCACUGUAUACUUUUGUUGUAUUAAAAAAAGAGCAGUACGAAUGUUCUUUUAAAUCUCUCCAUUUGUGUUCCUCUGGAGAAAUCAGAUUAGACGGAGUAAAUGAUGAGAGAACUUUACAGAAAAAUUCAUUUUAACGUUCAACUCAAAAGGGAGCUGCUUUUUAUUUGGGUUUCUUUUUAUAGUGCGUUUUUAUUUCGGGAAUACCAUGUCAACAUGAUCCAGUGUCAUCUGCGAUGGUUUCGGGGAUGAUUUUCCAACAGUAUGCACAAGCUUUAUUCCUCUGCUGCUGUCAGGUGACACUGCCAAACUGUGCGACACGUGUGAAUCUGUCCUUUUAAAUGACCACGGAUCCGGUUUCUGAUGAACGCUGGCAUGCGGAGUGGAUGUCCACUGUGGUGUGUGUUCCUGUUUUCGAACAUUUGAAAGUGAAGCACAUACUAAUGGCUCGUUUCGAUGUCAUUGUAUCUAUUGUGGGUGGGUGGUGUGUGUUUUUAAAAACAAAUGGGUUGUAAUUAUCGACGGCAGUCCAUAGUGUUACACCUACAGACGGAUAUUUGUGAGUGACAUUUUGUAAAGUAUUACAUUAUUUCAAUAAACUUGCUCUGUAUACAGUAUGGAGCGUUUAUUUUA